AUGUACCUUGGCUUGUAUGAGAGAGCACAAAGAGUGGCUAAACAUUUGGACCAGUUUAUAGAGGAAGUGAUUCAGGAACAUGUUAGGAAUAGAAGAGACGGGGAUGUUGAUGUUGAUAGUGAGGAGCAGAGUGAUUUUGUGGACGUUUUCCUAUCCAUAGAAAAGAGUAACACUACUGGCUCCCUAAUUAAUAGAAAUGCAAUAAAGGGUUUGAUGCUGGACAUGUUUGUUGCUGGUAGUGACAUUACCACAGCCAUGGAUUGGACAAUGUCAGAAGUGUUAAAGCACCCAACUGUGAUGCAUAAAUUGCAAGAAGAGGUAAGAAGCGUGGUUGGUAAUAGGACUCAGGUAACUGAGGAUGAUUUGGGCCAAAUGAACUACUUGAAGGCUGUGAUCAAAGAAAGUCUUCGGCUUCAUCCCUCAAUUCCCUUAAUGGUCCCUAGGAAAUGCAUGGAAGAUAUCAAAGUGAAGGACUAUGACAUUGCAGUUGGCACUGUGGUAUUAGUGAAUGCAUGGGCAAUUGCCAGAGACCCUUCACCUUGGGACCAACCUCUAUUAUUUAAACCAGAAAGGUUCCUCAGAAGUUCAAUAGACUUCAAAGGACAUGAUUUUGAGCUUAUACCAUUUGGUGCUAGAAGAAGGGGUUGCCUGGAGUAAGGUUUACUACAAUUAUAAUUGAGAUGGUGUUAGCAAACCUUGUUCACCAAUUUGAUUGGUCUUUGCCUGAUGGGGGUGCAGGGGAGGACUUGGACAUGUCUGAAACGGCUGGCCUUGCUGCUAGUAGAAUAUCUCCUCUCCUUGCAGUAGCAACUGCAUAUGAGAGAAAUUAGUAUAUAAUGACCAUAAAAAGAAGUUAUUAUAAAAGCAAUAAGGUUGUGUUUUAUAUUGUAACACACAUGACUCUUUUACGUUGUGGAUGCAUUUGUGUCUGCAGGUUUCUCUCGUUUCCAACUGUGGUUUAAUGGAUU